AUGUCUCCAUGUUGGUUGGUUCUUCUUAUUAUCAUUCUCUCAGCCAUAAUGCUUCAGACAAGUGAUGCAGCUUCUGAAGAGAACACAAAGACUUAUAUAGUGUAUAUGGGUACUCCUCCAAGUGAUAGUGAUGUCCCAAAGUCAGUGCUUCACAUGAGCAUGCUCCAACAAGUCAUUGGCAGAGCAGCAAAUUCUCUAGUCCACAGCUACAAGAGGUGUAUCAAUGGGUUUGUUGUGAAUCUCAAGGAAGAAGAUGUGCCAAAAGUUGCUGCAAUGGAAGGAGUGGUUGCUAUAUUCCCAAAUGGAAGGAAACAUCUACACACUACAAGAUCAUGGGACUUCAUAGGAUUUCCAGAACAAGUGAAAAGAGCAAACACAGAGAGUGAUAUAAUCAUUGGAGUGCUUGACUCUGGAAUCUGGCCUGACUCCCCCAGCUUUAAUGACUCUGGAUUUGGUCCCCCACCCUCCAAAUGGAAGGGAGCUUGCCAUAAUAUCACUUGCAACAAUAAAAUCAUCGGAGCAAAAUAUUUCAGAAGUGACGAAAAUUUUAGUGGAGAUAAUAUCAAAUCUCCCAUAGAUUCUCAUGGGCAUGGAACACACACAGCAUCAACAGCUGCUGGAGGGUCAGUGAGUUCAGCAAGCCUCUAUGGUCUAGGCUUGGGAACAGCAAGAGGAGGAGUGCCAUCAGCAAGAAUAGCAGUGUACAAGGUUUGCUGGUCGGAUGGAUGUUACGACGCAGACAUUCUUGCAGCUUUCGAUGAAGCAAUUGCUGAUGGUGUCGACAUAAUCUCUGCCUCAUUCGGAAGCCAAUCACCUCAACACUACUUCAAUGACACUUUAGCCAUUGGAGCUUUUCAUGCGAUGAAACAUGGAAUCUUGACCUCCGCUUCCGCUGGUAACAAUGGUCCCGGACUUACGACCACCAAUAGUGUGGCUCCUUGGACUCUUUCUGUGGCUGCCACUACCACUGAUAGAAAGUUGGUCACCAAGAUUCAGAUUGGGGAUGAUGUUCUUCAGGGACGUUCAAUAAAUACCUUUGACUUGAAUAGUACUCAGUAUCCUAUAAUCCAUGGUGGGGAUGCACCAAACACCCUUAAAGGCUAUAAUAGCUCCAUAUCCAGGUUUUGCUUAGAAGAUUCAAUGGACCCGAAUUUGGUAAAGGGGAAAAUAGUUAUUUGUGAUGCCCAUUUUGGACCUUUAAAAGUUGGAUUUGCAUCUGGUGCUACCGGCAUUAUAAUAAAUUUUAGUCAAAGCAAAGUUCCUGAUAUUGGCUUUGCUUUUGCCUUGCCAGCAUCUGUCAUCGGUUCAAUGGAUUCUAACAUCAUAUACAACCUCAUGGCAGAUACUAGCAAUGAUAUAACUGCGACGAUACUAAAGAGCAGUCAUGACAACGAUUCUUUCGCUCCUGUUAUAGCCUCUUUCUCAUCAAGAGGUCCUAACUUAGUUACUCUUGACAUCCUCAAACCGGAUAUAGCAGCACCUGGAGUUGAUAUUUUGGCUGCGUGGAAUCCAAAUUCACCUCCUUCAGGAGUGAAAGGAGACAAAAGACAAGCACAUUAUAAUUUCAAUUCAGGGACAUCAAUGGCUUGCCCUCAUGUCACUGCCUUGGCUGCUUAUAUCAAAUCGUUCCACCCUGCUUGGUCUCCUGCUGCAAUCAAGUCUGCCAUUAUGACCACUGCUACACCUAUGGAAUCUCCAUUGAACGAUGCUGAGUUUGCAUACGGAGCAGGCCAUAUAAACCCAACAAAGGCACUAAAUCCUGGUUUAGUAUACGACGCUAAUGAAACAGACUAUGUCAAAUUCCUAUGUGGACAAGGUUACAAUGAUUCAUUACUUCAAGUCGUAACAGGAGAAAAUAGAACUUGUGCUCAAGUCACUCAUGGUAGCGUGUGGGAUCUAAACUACCCUUCAUUUGCUGUGUCCACUAUGUUUCCUCGAUUGGACGAAGCUCGAGUUUUCACAAGGACUGUCACAAACGUUGGGUCACCAGCUUCCACAUAUGAGGCCACUGUGACUGCUCCAGAAGGACUCGACAUUCAAGUGAAUCCUCCAAGGCUGUCGUUUACUUCCUUGGGACAGAAGCAGUCAUUUAAUGUUACUGUAAGUGGAUUUGUAACUUCCAUAGCUUCUGCUUCUUUGGUCUGGGAUGAUGGCAUGCAUCAAGUGAGAAGCCCUAUCACGGUCUUUCUCUAUUAUUAA